AUGAGGCACGAAGCGCCCAUGCAGGUCUGUGCUCGGGCCGGAGCCGAGCCAGGGGUGCGGCGGAUGGCAUCCGUUCAAGAUUCCAGAUAUGGCCAGAAAGAAACAUCUGACCAGAACUUUGAUUACAUGUUCAAACUGCUCAUUAUCGGCAACAGCAGUGUUGGAAAAACCUCCUUUUUGUUCCGAUAUGCUGAUGAUUCCUUUACAUCUGCAUUCGUAAGCACGGUUGGGAUCGAUUUCAAAGUAAAAACGGUUUUCAAAAAUGAAAAAAGAAUUAAGCUACAGAUUUGGGACACAGCAGGCCAGGAGAGGUACAGAACAAUUACCACAGCUUACUACCGGGGUGCAAUGGGCUUCAUUUUAAUGUAUGACAUCACAAAUGAAGACUCUUUCAAUGCAGUGCAGGAUUGGUCAACUCAAAUCAAAACAUACUCUUGGGAUAAUGCCCAGGUUAUUUUGGUUGGCAACAAAUGUGACAUGGAGGAUGAACGGGUGAUCUUCACUGAGAGGGGAAAACAUUUAGCAGAGCAACUUGGAUUUGAAUUUUUUGAAACAAGUGCCAAGGAAAACAUUAACGUCAAGCAGACGUUUGAGCGACUUGUGGAUAUCAUCUGUGACAAGAUGUCAGAAAGUCUGGAGGCGAAUCCCACCAUUGCUGCCAGCAACCAGAACACACAGCUAAAGGACACCCCUCCUCCACAGCAGCCCAAUUGCAGCUGCUAAUGCAGCUAGCAGCAAAAGCAGCUCCAGUGUGUUCUAUUGCCAACAGAGUAUUUAUGAAUGGUCUAUAUGCCUUUAUUUAUACUGUGUUAUUAAUUUAUUUGGGAGAAGUCUUGUUUUACAUCAUCAGCUGUUUGGAUAUGCAUAUGGGGAUAGAGCAGUUUUUAAUCUGGAAGGAUGAUCCAUAUUUUAGCACCUGGCUUUUGCAUGCAGGGUGUAUAUUGAUUUCUCUUUUCUUUUUAC